AUGAAAAAUUUAUGUUUCUCCUUAAAGGGAAGAAAUUAUUCUGCAACAAGUAAGGUGUUUAUUGACAAAAAUACAACGGUAAUAUGCCAAGGGAUUACUGGGAAACAGGGAAGUUUUCACACUACAGAAGCCUUAAAGUAUGGAACAAAAGUCGUAGGAGGAGUAAACCCUAGGAAAAAAGGGACAUUAUGGACAAGUAAUGAUAACAAAUAUACAUUACCAGUUUUUGGAUCAACUCUUGAAGCUAAGGAAAAAACGAACUGCUAUGCAUCAGUUAUAUAUGUUCCUCCAGAGCACGCAAAAAAUGCAAUAAUUGAAUCAAUUGAGUCAGAAAUUUCUUUAAUUGUAUGUAUAACAGAAGGGAUAUGUCAACAUGAUAUGUUACAAGUUAAGUCUUGCCUGAACAUGUCAAAAAAGAGUACCUUAAUUGGUCCUAAUUGUCCAGGUGUUAUAAAACCAGGGGAAUGUAAAAUUGGAAUUAUGCCUUCACAUAUUCAUAAAAAAGGAUGUGUUGGUAUUGUAAGUAGAAGUGGUACAUUAACAUAUGAAGGAGUAAAUCAAACCACAAAAGUUGGCCUAGGUCAAUCUACGUGUGUAGGUAUAGGGGGAGAUCCAUUUCAUGGUACGAAUUUUAUUGAUUGUAUUAAAUUAUUUUUAGAAGAUGAUCAAACAAAAUGUAUUUUAUUAAUUGGUGAAAUUGGGGGAAAUGCAGAAGAGCAAGUAGCUGAGUGGUUAAUACAAAAUAAUGUUGAUUGUGAAAAAAAAAAAAAAAAACCUGUUUUUGCAUUCAUAGCUGGAAAAUGUGCACCUCCAGGGAAAAGAAUGGGCCAUGCAGGUGCUUUAAUUAGUGGUGGGAAAGGAACAGCAGAUGAAAAAUUGAAGGCUCUAAAAAGUGCAGGUGUUCAUACUAUUAUUAAUCCUACACAAAUGGGUCAUGAAAUAUAUUCCAUAAUGAAAAAUCUUACGUAA